AUGUUUGGGUUUGAUACCCGAGAGAAUUGCCGUCUGGCUCAGAGCGAGCUUGUAAACUUCCGGAUCCGAAACCGGAAUGUGAACAUCAGCGUGGCGGGCAGGCGGGCUGUAAGUGUCACUCAUCUUUUUCUAUUUCUGUGUGAUACUAACGCCUAGACCAUAGUCUGCUCCGGCAAAUCCAUCUACGCAAGAAUCAUCUCUGCCCAAGCCGCUGCUCCCGCCAACCCUGGUGCAACUCCCCUUCCUCCCGGCACCACCAAGACCACCGUCACCACCACCAUCACCACCAGCAGCGGGACCACCACCAGGGUCACCACCACCGAGGUUUCGGCUACCCCCGCCGCCGACGCAACCACCACCUCCGCAGUUGAAGAGAUUCCAGCUGCCCCCGCCCCCGACAUAAUGACGGCCUUGCUGGAUUCUCUUGACCGCCCUUCGACCCCUCAGUAGGUCAUGACGGACACCGCUCAUCUGAGUACCUAGGAAGAGAAAGAAGAAGAAGAAGGAGAAGAAGAAGGGGGGAGGGGGGAAGGGGGGGGACAAAAUAAUAAAACAACAACCAAAAAAAGGUGAAGAGAGGAAACGAACGCAAGUUCGCCGUCAUAUUUUGGAUGAUUGGGGGCAACCCUAUUUACUCAUACUCCUUCGCGAGCCCACGCUCCCCUCCUUCAUGAGCCAACGCCCUACCCCAGAUCAGCUAUUAGCAUUCCUUUUUUAGGAAGUGAGUUCAAUUCUCACGCUGGUCAUCUUCUCUUCGGGAAUGGGCUCAAAUCCCUCCUAUGCUUUGUCCCAGCAGAAUGUUGGGAACAGCCAAAUCAUCAUGAGUGUUAGAGUCCAGGAUGUUUCUUUACGCAUAUGUAGCUUGCAAUUUCUCUCUAAUGUAGGUAGCUAGAGGUGUGGCUAAUUGUUUGGCUAAAUUAACACCGUUGAAAAGAUGAGACUACGCGAUCAAGUGUACGGCCAUGCUGAAAGAAAGUGUGUGAUUAUGUUGCAAGAAGUAUGGUAUCGAAAGAGUCUGAUCCAUUGUAGUUACCUAGGUGCCUAAGGCAUGCACUUGUGUGAGCAUUAAGUGAAAGUGUCCCACAAACGCGAACUCACAACAAAUCAACACACACUCUCCGUCAACCCAGUUACAACUUUUCAUCACAACCACGAAAUUUCUUGCAGCACAAGAAGCCACAGAAUCCAAUCGAGUCCACAAGUAGACAAGAUACGCGCUUAACUCUACAUUCGCGUAAGUUUCAAUUUUCGGGUUCCUCUCCUUUGGGUCAACAAACUAACUUGAACACAGAAUGUCUGACAAGGCUCUCACAGAGUUGACCGAAGCCAUGGAGUCGCUCACGCUGAAGAAGUCUGAUCUACCAGAAAGGUGGGCAGAUGACGAAAAGGACCCCGGCAGCAACAUUAAAAGAUUCUUCGCCAACUGGCCGCAAUAUCAGAAGCAUUUUGAGGCACAGGGCAUGUCAUGCUACCGCGCCAUCCAAGACGCGUCCGGGAGCAGCAGGCUGGAGCCUCGUACCUGGUCCAGGGUGCAUGCUGGCAGCGAAAGUCGUCUGGCCGAAAACAAGGUUGAAUUCGUCACCUUGAACCGGGUAGUAACUGCCGACCAAGAUGACGAACCACUUCCAGAUCAGAGGGUGAUGCAACGUAUACAUGGCGAUGUUCGAGAGGCAGUGGCUUUUGUAAUCGUCCCAAAGGCAGAAGUAGCAGAUCUCGAGGCAAAGGGCUGGGAAGUCUAGUACCCUCCCGCUCCGGCUCUCGACGUACAAAAGGGCUAUCGAGAUGUUCGACCAAACCUACCACGCCCUGUGGACGUCAUGACCACCGAUGAACCUGCUACGGAUACAGAUGCUUAUCUGGACCGUGGCUAUGAAUAUGUCAGUCGGCAUUGGACCAAAGGCAAAUGGAAACGUGGUGAUCUGAUCGGCAAGAAUGGGUCAGACCCUGAGACGAAGGCUCAAUCAGCGUCCUACGCAGCCCCAGACUGCUGGGACAAGUUAUCCGAACGUCGCGUCGCCACAUCUACUGGUCAUAUGCCACACAUUGAACGGCCCCCCAAUGUCCCUCUUGGCUGGGGCGGCUACGACAAAUUUCACCACUGGCAAGCAAGCGGCCGCCAGGUUACCAAAGACAUGGUAGAGGAAGAGGACUGGUCGGUCGAUAUAGACAUGCCGUUCGACUUUGUUAACGAGGAGGGCGAGGUUGUGGAUACUGUUCCCCCUAUUGUGCGAGAGCAAGACCUACCUCCUCUCGCUGAUCCGCCCAUCACAUUGCAUGAACUCCUCAACGAGAGAGAAGAACGAAAACAGAAAGCUCCCUCAAGGGGUGUAGUUCGGUGGGCUGGAACUUGA